GGAGGGGGCGGCUGGCUGGCGGCGUCUCCCGUGUGCGCGGGGGGAUCCUGCGCACUGGAGCUGCGCCCUGCUUGACAGGCUGCGCGCAGGCAGCGGCGGCGGCAGCAGCCAGGGCUCUCGGGCAGCCGGGAUCAGCCGCAGCGCGGCGGGCGGAGGCGGCGGCUUCCAGCCAUGCAGCUCCCCGUGCGCUCCGCGCUGCUGCUCCUGCUCCUGCUGCGGGCCCGCGGGCUGCGGGCCGGGGAGCGGAGCAGCAGCGCCAUGGAGGAGAUCGCCACGGAGAAGGAGGCGGAGGAGAGUCACCGGCAGGACAGCGUGAGCCUCCUGACCUUCAUCCUGCUGCUCACCCUCACCAUCCUCACCAUCUGGCUCUUCAAGCACCGCCGGGUGCGCUUCCUCCACGAGACCGGCCUGGCCAUGAUCUAUGGACUCAUUGUUGGGGUGAUCUUGAGAUAUGGUUCUCCCUCCAGCAGUGGCCAUGACAAGCCAUUCAGCUGCUCGCAGGAGGACAGACCAUUUACGACGCUGUUGGUCAAUGUCAGUGGAAAGUUUUUUGAGUACACCCUUAAAGGAGAAAUAAGCCCUGGAAAAAUACACAACGUGGAACAGAAUGACAUGUUGCGAAAGGUAACAUUUGACCCAGAAGUUUUCUUCAACAUUCUGUUGCCUCCUAUUAUUUUCCAUGCUGGGUACAGCUUGAAGAAGAGGCACUUUUUCAGGAAUCUGGGGUCUAUUCUGGCUUAUGCCUUUUUAGGAACUGCAGUCUCUUGUUUUAUUAUCGGGAAUCUCAUGUAUGGUGUUGUAAAACUAAUGAAGUUGGUGGGACAACUCUCUGAUAAAUUUUACUAUACAGACUGUCUCUUCUUCGGAGCGGUCAUAUCUGCUACUGAUCCAGUUACCGUGCUGGCAAUAUUUAAUGAACUGCAUGCUGAUGUCGAUCUCUAUGCCCUUCUGUUUGGAGAGAGUGUUCUAAAUGAUGCUGUUGCCAUUGUAUUGUCUUCAUCCAUAGUUGCCUACCAGCCAACAGGUGAAAACACCCAUGCGUUUGAUGCCGCAGCAUUUUUCAAAUCAGUUGGAGUUUUCCUUGGAAUAUUCAGUGGCUCUUUCAUGAUGGGAGCAGUGACAGGGGUUGUGACAGCUCUGGUGACCAAGUUUACCAAACUGCAUUGCUUCCCCCUGCUGGAGACAGCUCUCUUCUUCCUGAUGUCCUGGAGCACUUUCUUGCUAGCGGAAGCUUGUGGGUUUACAGGUGUGGUGGCGGUUCUCUUUUGUGGAAUUACACAGGCUCAUUAUACAUACAACAAUUUGUCAGUCGAGUCAAGGAGCCGAACUAAGCAGCUCUUUGAGGUACUGCACUUCCUGGCUGAAAACUUCAUAUUUUCGUACAUGGGUUUAGCUCUUUUUACUUUCCAGAAACACAUAUUCAGCCCAAUUUUCAUCAUUGGAGCUUUUAUUGCAAUCUUUUUGGGCAGAGCUGCACACAUCUACCCUCUCUCUUUCUUCUUGAAUCUGGGCAGAAGGCACAAGAUCAGUUGGAACUUUCAGCACAUGAUGAUGUUUUCAGGUCUUAGGGGAGCCAUGGCAUUUGCUCUGGCCAUACGAGACACUGCUACGUACUCCCAUCAAAUGAUGUUCUCAACAACCCUUCUUAUUGUCUUUUUCACUGUCUGGAUUAUUGGUGGAGGCACAACGCCCAUGCUGUCGUGGCUGAACAUUAGAGUUGGUGAUCAUGCUCCAUCGGUGGAAGAGAUAAAUGAAAGCCGCUGGCUGUACUUCAGAGUUGGAGUUGACCCAGAUCAGGAUCCCCCACCCAGCAAUGACAGCUUUCAAGUCUUACAAGGAGAUGGUCCAGAUUCUGAAAGAGGAAACCGGACAAAGCAGGAAAGUGCUUGGCUCUUCAGGUUAUGGUAUAGCUUUGAUCACAAUUAUUUAAAGCCCAUUCUCACCCAUAGUGGCCCUCCGCUAACCACAACCCUUCCAAGUUGCUGUGGUCUGCUGGCCCGCUGUUUGACUACUCCACAGGUUUAUGAGAAUCAGGAGCAGCUUCGAGAGGAGGAUUCAGAUUUUAUUCUGAAUGAUGGUGACCUCACUCUGACAUAUGGUGAUACAACAAUAACUGCUAAUGGCUCUUCUGGCUCCCGCACUGCUACCACUAGCCUCGAUGGCAGGAAAACAAAAAGUAGUUCAGAGGAGGCAUUGGAACAUGAGCUGGGAACGGGAGACCAUGAAGUUACAAGCAGGGGCACCCGACUAGUAUUUCCUUUGGAAGACAAUGCAUGACUACUGCCUCAGUAAAAAUACAGCUGUCGCCCUGUGGAUGGAUCAAGGAAGACUGCAGGCCCCAGCGUCACUUGAGGUGGGAAUGUUGCUUACUGAAUUGAACUAACCUGUCUGUCUAUAAGUGGUUUUACUAAAGUCUGAAGACACCAACCUUGACACACACCCCACCCCCACCCCCCCACGAUGCUGACAGUGAGUUUUUAAAUGUCUAAACUAGAGAAAUGGGAAAAUUGGUCAGUCUCUUCUCACAAAACUACUGAAUCUAAGUAGAUUAGCAUGCUGCAAUUCUCUCUUGUUCCAUUGCAGCACCUUUCUGAGAAGAGGUAUGUGAAAAUGUUACCCAGCAGAACCAAGCUAAUUCAGGCUGGGUGGAGUUCUAGUUUGGCUUGGGAAUAAGGGAGGGGAAACCCAAACAAAAGUCUGUUUAUUCUGAGACUUUAAGGAAUGGGUGCAUGUCUGAUUUUCAGCAGGUCCAGUGUUCAAUUGCUCUCCAGAAAACUUGAAACUAUGUAUAAAGGGGAACAGUAUGUACUAGGAGUACAGGUGCAUGAAUGCAACACUUUUCUGGGAUUUGUUACUGAACGACAAACUGCAUUGAAUUACUUCAGAAACAAGGGAAAACAGCACAACUUCCUCAUUGGCAACAUAUAGUAGGGACAGUUUAGAAUAAUUCAAUAUUUAAAUAGGGAGGCAGUGAAUGCUGUUUAGCCCCUUAGCUUUGGGCAACAUGAGUAUUACUAUUCGCAUAUCUUCUAGCACAUCACAAGAGAAAACUUCUUAGUGUCCAAGACUGAAAUGAUUGACUCAAGCCCUUAUCUAGGCUCUGUGAUUUUAAAAAAACCACUUGUUCUCUCAUUAGGUUAUUAAAAAUCAGAUGAAGGAAGCUGGAACCCUAUUUUUUUGAUGGAGAUAGAGCAGAUAGUGAUAUUACUUGCAGUGAAACUAGAAAACAGUAUUGAACAGAAUAUGGAACCUUGUGGUUUCAUACUGAGAUGGGAAGUAUCCCUGGAAUCUGCUUCGAUUGCCUGUUAGGUGGGAUGGUUUAAACUGCAAAUGUUUUUACUUAAAAAGGGGAAGACAAAACUAUAAAUCUAACCAUUUGUGGUUAUUACAUCUGAAGAAAGGUGUUUCUAUUCAUUCUCUUUUGUAGAGUACAUGUGGACUUUCAGCGAGGCACUGCACAAUAUAUAAACUGUGCAAGUGGCAUACAAACUAUAGUCCCAUCUGAAAUGUGAAAAGGGAAAAAUGUCUUUGCCUAGUACUUGGCCCAUUUUCAUGUAGACUUGCUUUAACUUAUUGCUUAAGGCUUUUUAAUUCCCAGCUCAGUAGCUAUUAGGGACCUCUGGUGUAUUAAAGCAAAUAAUUGAAAUCUAUUACCUCCUAAACAGAAGCUCAGCUACUGAAAGCAUGCUUUAAAAUGGUGUAAAGUUAUACUUUCAUGUCUCAAAAGGGUUUAGAAAAUGUUAUUUUUUUUAAACUGGCAUUUUGUGGCCUACUAUUAAAAUGUAAUGUAAUAUCAGUUUGCUAAAGUGCAUUUUUUUUUUAACUUGCCACUUCAGUUUGUUUGCUUCCCAUAAAAUUAUGUAUGAAUAAAAAUC